AUGGCCGAGGAAGCCUCUCCUGAGAAGACUACCGCCGAGGAGUCUUUUCUGUCACAGCCGAACUCCGACGCCCAAGGCCAACUCACCGCAGCUGUUGACGAGCUGCUCGACCAACUCCAGAGCAAAUUCGACAAUGUCUCCAAGGAAAUGUUUGGCAAAUUGGAUGACAUGACCCGCCGCCUCGACGAGCUAGAGGCCUCAUUGACAGCGUCGGGCACCGACUCGGCAACCGCGACUCCCUCUCAAUAA